AGCACCUCACCACGCGUCUUCACUGCGUUUUUCUUUUUCUUUGCUCGUUAGGGAUUGGGCUACACAGCCGAUAAAGAAACCCCUCUCAUUCAUUGUGGAUACAUCGACGAGGCCCCUUCUCUUUCCGUUUGUUCUUGUCUGUUUGUUUUCAACUGUGCAUCACCGCGAAGACUUGCACCGCCCAGACCUCUUUUUUUUCCUUUUCUCUGCCACUCCCGUUGCCGCGCAGCUCUGUCGCGUAGCGCUUACCGAUUCGCACUUCUUUGCUGUACGUUGACGGCCGGGGACUGUUGUUUUGUUCUGCGCUCUUUCACAGCCACCACGUCGUCUACAUCCACAACAUCAAAGAAAAGAGAAAAGAAAAGAAAAUACUGUACGCAAGCUCCUCACACAACUCUUAGAAGCGAACUCGUUGUACGCAUUAAAUGAUCUGCGCGUCUGGGGGCACAAAAGCUAAGGAAAGCAGAACAACGUCAGCGCUGCACAUGGAGGCUGCUGUCACGGCCACUAAAAACAGCGGCAACGCGAAGUUCGCGGCUGGUGACGUUGCCGGUGCCAUCGAAGAAUACCGCGCAGGCAUUCGUCAAAUCGAAGCCACAGAUAGCUCGGCGGCAGUGUCCGUCGAGUUGAACGCGCUGCACAGCCUCUUGUACUCAAACAUGUCGAACGCCUAUUUGAGCUGUAACCAGUUCCGCAGCAGCUGGAAGGCGGCCGCGACGGCAACGAAGAUCGAUCCCACCGCGUGGAAGCCGUGGCUGCGCUUCAUCGAAGCCCGUCGGCGUGACGGCUUCCCAUUCGACGCCCUCGUGCACUCCCUGCGCUACCUCCGUCCUCUUCUUCGGAAAGAGAAGGAGCUGAAGCGGGUGACUGCGACUGAGGCGGCCGCCACGCUGAGUACCGUGGAGGAGCCGCUGUGCGACGAGCUCGGCCUUCUCCGGCUGUCACCCGAUAUUGAGCUGGUGGAGUACGCCGGAGGUGUGGCGAUGAUAAGUCGGCGUGCGUUUCAACCGAUGGAGGCGGUCUUUAUCGAGAAAAAGUACUCCCGGACAGACUUUGAGGAGAAGGGUUUAAUGGCGCAGCCGGACCUGACGACGGAGUCGAUUGUCGGCUACUUUGCGGAGAGGCUGCGUCCGGAGCAGGUGGCGAUGAGUGCUCGUUGGACCGCAUUUAAGAAGGACUUCACCGGCGCCUGGCCGCGCUCCGAUGAAGAGAUCGACGCCGACACGCGUGAGACCAUCGGGAGCUACCUGCGCGCACGCUUUCCGGAUGUACCCGAGCCCGCCUUCCGCGAACUGCUGGGCAUCUCGUUGAUGUGCCGCUACAACUGCUUCCACUCCGGCUUCUUCCGCACGUGCGCUUUAGCGAACCACAGCUGCCACGCGAACAUCGCCAUGAAGUACAGCAGCGCCGACGAGACGGUGAAGAUGAUCGCGGUGGACGCCAUCCAGCCCGGUGAGCUGAUGAACGUGAAGUACCUGAGCGACGCACACUUCGUCUUGGGCGUCGGGAGGCGGCGGGAGCUGCUGCGGUCGUGGCUGUUUUGGUGUCAGUGUGACCGGUGCCUGCUCGACAGUGCGCCGACCGCCAUCUCGGAGUUCGUGCAGUGCCCGUCCUGUCAGGCGUACUCGCACUCCGCGCUGAUGGGCGUGAACGCCGCGGGCGACCCACUUUUGCAAGCGAAGGAGCCGUGUCGCGUGUGCGGGGCACCGAUUGCGUGGACAGACCAGCAGCGCUCCCUGUUGCAGGAGGAGCUUAUGCACUCCUUCACGGACAGCACCUCGUUUCGCACCGCGACGGAUCUUGCGGCGUGGAUGCGGGAGCAGCUGGUGCUGACUGAGCGACUGCAGCUGCACCCGGAGCACUGGGUCUAUCGGGUGCUGCUGUACUUUCUGGCCGUGGGCCUGACGGGGAUGGUGAACCUUGUGCUGGACGAGCUGAGUGAGCCGCGUCUCUCGCAGUCGAUCCUGGUGGACAUCAAGAGUCUCUUUGGCCCCUGUGGAUUGCAGGAGUUCUAUCUGCCGCGCUGCGCUGCGGUUCGUGACGACGACGCCAUCGCCGGCACUGUCAGCCGGGAUGCGUUGGUGCAAACAAGCCCCGAACAGGGCGGCGGCUGCGAGGCGCUAAAGGCGUUGGUCAUUCUCUGUCGGCUUCUUUUCCCUUACUACCCCGUGAAUGAGAUGUGGUCCAUACACGACGCCAUCUGCAAGAUGGUCCUUCUGCACCUCAUCUACCCGACGCCGUCCGCGACACUGAGCCCCGCCUUCGCGAUGGAGCUCCUCCAGCAACACGGCCGCUACGUCGGCGAGACGCACAACGCGAAGUGGCUGCAUCGCUACAGCAUGCACAAGACUGCUUUCAACGCGAAGGAGCCGCUGGCGUUGGCGAAGAUCAAAAAGCACUGA